AUGGUUACUUGCUCUAAAAUUUCCGUUGUUCUUGGUUUGCUCGCGUGUAACUAUUGGGUCGCGGGUAAGACCUUUGACUAUAUUAUUGUUGGUGGCGGCACUGCGGGCAUCACGAUUGCUGCGCGCUUAGCUGAACAGUCGCAAAAGGUUGCCCUCAUUGAAGCCGGGGAGCGUUAUGAGGCGACCUGGCCACUAGCAGCAAUUCCUGGAGCAGAUGUUCUUCCUGUUGGGUCUGAUCCCAAAUCCAGUUGGGGGGCUGAUUGGGGAUUCGUCACUACACCGCAACCAGGUGCAAAUGGGCGCGAGGUACAUUUUGCAAGAGGCAAAUGUCUAGGGGGAUCGUCAGCUUUUAACUUCAUGGUAUACCAGAGGCCGACUAAACAGUCAAUGAAGAUGUGGGCAGAUGUUGUCAAUGAUCAAAGCUACUCCUUCGAUAGCGUGCUUCCGUUUUACCAACGAAGUGUGGACUUUACUGCUCCAAAUUCGUCAGCCCGGAUUGCAAAUGCAAGUGUCAAAUAUAAUCCAGAGGUCUUUAACAAUACUGGAGGGCCCCUGCAGGUAUCCUAUUCAAACUUUGCGAUGCCAUUCUCAACGUGGAUGAAAGUCGGUAUGGAGUCUAUCGGGGUCCCAGAAGCUUCAGAUUUCAACAGCGGCGAACUUAAUGGUUACCAUUCCGAAACAUCCUUUUUGGCCACAAAAAAUACCAAUCUCCAAGUCUACUCCAAAACACUCGCCAAGCGGGUCUUGUUCGACGGACAGAAUAAUGCAGUGGGAGUCGAGGUCAGCGAUGGCUGGGGCUUUAAGACGAAUAUUACAGCAUCCAAGGAAGUCGUUGUAUCUGCAGGUACCUUCCACUCACCUCAACUAUUGAUGGUGUCAGGGAUUGGACCAACAGAUCAAUUGGAAGCUCAUGGGAUCAACGUUGUGUCUAACCUACCGGGAGUCGGCCAGAACCUCUGGGAUCAUCCGUUCUUCGGACCUAGCUAUCGUGUUAACGUUGAAACCUUUACUAGGCUAGCUAAUGAUCUGUUAUACACCUUUUCCCAGUUCCUUGGCUACAGCACAGUUCGUGAUGGGCCAUUGGCGAAUCCAGUGGCUGACUUCCUGGCAUGGGAAAAGAUCCCUUCUGACUUACGCUCAGAAUUCUCGUCAAGAACACAGCAUAGUCUCGCACAAUUUCCUGAUGAUUGGCCGGAGGCAGAGUAUAUCUCAGGCGCAGGAUAUAUUGGAAAUUUCUCCAACCUGUUGACAAACCAGCCCAAAGACGGUUCUCAAUAUGCAUCGAUGCUGGGGGUCCUUAUUACCCCAAUAUCUAGGGGCAAUAUCACCCUAGCAUCCCCAGACACAAGCGACCUUCCCAUAGUAAACCCAAAUUGGCUAGUUACUGAGGCUGACCAACAGGUGUCAAUCGCGAUGUUUAAAAGGAUGCGCCAGGCAUUCACAAGUAGCGCAAUGGCGCCUGUUGUCAUUGGAGAAGAGUACUAUCCUGGCAGUGACAUCCAGACAGACGAGGAGAUUCUAGAGUUUAUUCGAAAUAAUAUCAUGACAUUAUGGCACCCUGCAUGUACCUGCAAGAUGGGAACUAGCAAUGAUUCAAUGGCCGUCAUCGAUAACCGAGCUCGGGUAUUUGGAGUUAAUAGACUAAGAGUUGUCGAUGCCAGCUCUUUCCCAUUUCUUCCCCCGGGUCAUCCCCAGUCUUCGGUUUACAUGCUGGCAGAGAAAAUCGCUGAAGACAUUCUAUUGUCAUCGUAA